AUGUCGACCGCGAUCAAGUCCGUCAAGGCCAUUGCUCCCCUCCUCGACCGCAUCCUGGUCCAGCGGAUAAAGGCCGAGGCCAAGACUGCCUCUGGCAUCUUCCUCCCGGAGAGCUCUGUCAAGGAGCUGAACGAGGCCAAGGUCCUGGCCGUCGGCCCCGGCGCCUUCGACAAGGACGGCAAGAGGAUAACCCCCAGCCUCGCCCCCGGCGACAAGGUCCUCAUCCCCCAGUACGGUGGCACCCCCAUCAAGGUCCAGGACGACGACUACUCCCUCUUCAGGGAGUCUGAGAUUCUAGCCAAGCUCAACGAGUAA